AUGGCCGAUCGAUUAACGCAGUUACAGGAUGCUGUUGAUCAGCUUGCCAAUCAAUUCGUUGCGUCCAUAUACUACACCCACAAACAUCACGAUCUCCGAACCGUGAGCGCGACUGAUACGGUGCGAGCUGAUAAGAAAGAGAAUGAAGGGGCAUCUGUAGACCAAGACGUCGAGCCAUAUCCAACGGAGCAGUUCAAGGCAGGCCAGCGAGAAUUAGCCCAGGACCUGAUCCUCAAAGAACAACAAAUCGAGUACCUGAUAUCGGUACUUCCGGGAUUGGAAAAUAGCGAGAAGGACCAGGAACAGACGAUCAAGCAGUUGGAGGAGGACUUGAAGGUUGCGGAGGAGCAACGGAAAGAAGCUCUGCAGGCCAAGGAAGCUGUCUUGGCGAAGUUGGACGGCGUUAUUCGAAGCAUUAAGCGGCCAUAG